CAUACAUGGAUGGAUCCGUCAAUUCAUUCCAUCAUCGUCUGUAACGCCCACAAGGGUGCACAUCCAGGCUGGCUAACGGGUGAUGGAUGCAUCUUAUCGCUUCCCGCUGUGCACAUACAUCACAUACAUGCACCCAGACAGACAGACAGACAGACAGACAGACACCCAGCCAACCAACCAGUCAUCUGUUCAGCUAAGCUGCAAUGCAUUCUCUCCAAAGACAGCGAGGAAGCUCCUCGGAUGAGUCAAUGGGUGGUGGUCGACCCACCAGAAGUGGUCGACCCACCAGAAGCAUCCCCUUGGGAUGCAGUGCCGAUUGCAGCAGGCCUCCAUCUCUUUACGGAUGGCCAUCUCUCGACGGAUGGCCGACUCUCUCGGGUCGUAUGGGAACGAGCUCACGUGCACCGUCAGCCUGCGAAAGCGAUUCGCCUUGAGAAGGGGGUCGAGGACACCUCGAAAGAAGGGCUUGACGGCAGCUUCGGUGUGCGAUAAAUGAAGUGCAUACACACAGACAGAUACGACACAUACCCACACCCGACACCCAAUCAAUUAUUGCGGAUGGCAGGUGACAUGAUGCAGACGUACAGCUGAUCUUGACGUCGAUCCUGUCGAUUUUGGGGAGCUCGUCGGCCCAGUCGCGCCAGGUGAGACCCUCCUGGGACGGCUCGUGCGAUGCCAAACUGAUGGACACCUUUGUGGUCUCGACCUCCCCGUCCCUCCCUAUCGCCCUCAGCACCUCAAACACAGGUCCCUCCCGGCCAUCCAGCCGCUGCAGUCUUGUUGCCUUCUCUGCCAGUACAGCACCAGCACCCCCUGCCAAGUCUCCUACUAUGCUGAUCUUGCGCAGAGAGGGGAGGCGAGGCUGAGGGAUGAGCGACGAGACGAGGCCCCGAAGGGCCGCCGCUCGCUCAGCAGCCGAGAGGGCCUCGAAAGCAGGCCCCGGAUUCCACCCCGGGCCCGCGGGCACGAAAUUGCCAUAAACAACCAUCUCCGUGGUGGAGAAUGUCAGGCUGUCGGCGACGCGUUGGACUGCAGGCCGGACGGCGCCCCGCUGGUGGUAGUCGAGCAGCUGCUCGGUGGUGACGUAGAUCUCCAUCUUCCGAGUCCUCUGAGCCAGGUGCUGGAAUGUCUCUAUGAGGAGGGUAGAAGGGUCGUCCGGCACGUCGAGAAGGGAGUUGAUCUGGAAUAUGUUGGCGUGGAGCAUGAAAUAACCUCUGCUGGGUGGGGGCGUCCUGAAGGCGAUGAUGGGGCCUCCGAAUGCCUUGUGGAAGGAAUCGAGUCCGCCGACAAGGUCGCGCAGAGCGGGCCCGUAGAGGACGAUCGGACGAAGCUCGACAUCGACGUGGUCGAGGGACAGACACCCAUGCUGAUGCAACACAUCCUGUCAAUGCAAUCACACACAGACACUUUGAGAUGACCAACAAGACCCUCACAGGCAAUGGGUUUUCCCUCCCAGACGUACCUUGAGAUGUGUCAGCCCGAUACUAGGAUGAGGCGCUAGCACUGCACCACCGUCUGUCAUCAGCAGGGUGCCGAUGGUCCUCAGGCCGGCCAGCCGCCCCUCCUCCCCCUCUGCUGCCCGCUGGAUCAUCGACAGGGCAUCCACCAAGGGGUCAGGUGCCAUCGUCACCACUAGCUCCUGGAGCCGCUCGGAUGUCUGGAUGAUCUUGCCCAGUGUCGCCACGUCCAGGCGGUCUCGAUCGUGCUUCAUCACAGCUGUCUCGGUCACCGUGUCGAGUGCCGGCAUGCGCCACUCUCGGUCGGCCAUCGGGCGAUGCUCCUUGUCCAGGCCGGUGAUGCUCCUGACGGCUGGCAGAUAGGCCGAUGCGGGGGAGGGACGGGAGGGCAGCAGGGAAAGGGCCUUGUUGACGGCCGCCCUCUCCUUCAUUGACUCAGCAUCAGGCCGGGCACGCUGAGGAGGAGUAUGUGGUGGCUGCCCGGCAGGGCGGAGGGGGCCCCGCUCGGCGUCAUCAUCGUCCUCCUCAAACCAGACGUCCCCAUCGUCCUCGUCUGGCUCGAAGGUGAUGCUCUCGAGUGAGCCCUCAGGUAUGGGCCGCCCCGACUUCCGUCGCCCCGCCACCAGUGCUGCCCGCGCCUCUGCGUGGCCCUCCACGAUGCCGAUGACGACACGAAGACACCAUGCCGCCAGCAGGCGGGGAUGGCGCACUGUGAUGCUCCUGAGGUGCGGCAGCCGUCUGCCCCACUCGUAAGCCGCCGCGAAGGAGAGCUUCUCGAAGAAGGUCGCACUGGCGUCGUUGUAGUCGAUGAUGAGGUCAGUGUAGUUGACGGCCAGCACCUCCCACACUCGAGUGUCGACGGGCGUGAGCGAAGCGCCUGCCGCAGCAGCGAGGAGGUCUAGCGGCAGCAACGCCAACGUCGAAGCCAGCACGUCAUACUGAGUGACGGAAGACGGACCCAAGACACACACCGAGGAGGUCGAAAGGUGGAGUUUGGUAUUUGUCGUGUAUCUCCCUGCCUGUCUGCCUGGUUGCCUCACGUACCGGUAUGGAGGCGAAGGCGAGCAAGGGCUGCCUGAGACCCGGCUCCCUACUGGUGCUACUGCUCGGCUCAUCUGUGGUCUCGUCUCCAACUAAGCGUCUCUCCUGCGAGCAAUGACGACCAAAAAAUACAAUGACGUAUGUGUGAAUGCAUGUGCGAGUUGGUGCCUUCACCUGGCCGCCGUCCUCCCGCGAUGCACCCUUAGAAACAGCCUGAAGCACACACACACGCAUUGCAUUCCCACGCGGCACACGCGGGUAUUGUGCAUUCAUCCAGACAUGAACACACCUUUGCCUUGUUGACCAAGAUGGCGAUCUCCAGGGGACUACUCUCCUGAGCACAUCCAUCGGAUCAGACAGCAAGAACAGUGAAGCUUUCUUCCCGCCUGACCCCACCCACUUACCGUCCGCAGAUAUAGUGCGAUUUUGGUCUGUGCUAUCUGGAUCAGACGGGGGAUGUGGAGGUAGCUGGCCGCCUGAUGGAGCCAACACGCAGGAGGCAAGCUGGCUGGUAGUCUGGACUGCCAAGAGAGAGUGUGCUUUGUGUGUGUGCGUGUGUACCUUGACGACGUCGCACAGCGUUUCCCAGUCCAUCUCCUCCACACAGGUGACAUCCCACUCGUCGCCAAAGACCUGCAAUGCACACGACACACGCAGGCAGACCCCAUAACCACGCCUGCUGUGUUGGUGUGCCUUGCGCUCAUGGUCGGUCAGACGCACCUCUUCUACAGUGUUUACUGUUGUGAUGAGUGUUUCUUGGAUGGGCUGAGGCGCCUCGUUGUCAUCAUCGUGAUGCUCAGACACGUACUUACACCACUGCAUGACCUUCUCCAAGAUGGCUCUGCGGAUGUUGUGGAGAGGCACCUCACCGCCGCCCUCGCCAUCUGAUCAGCACAUGGAUGGAUGGAUGGAUUCAGGCAGAGAUCAGCACCUCUCACCGGGUUCUUCCAGAAUGUUGUCGAUGGUUUUCGAUAAGCGAGCGGCUUUCUCCUCCACCUCUACCGCUCCAUCCUCAGCCUGCAGCCGCACCACCGUCAUGAUGACCGCUGCAGACAGCUACGCGGCCCUCUUCCCUUUGCCGCACGGAAUUUGCGACGUCACAUUCCCUUCGCCGAGCCGCACGGAGUUUGCCACGCGCUGCGGCGAUGGACUAGGGAGCCGCAAGAUAAAGGAAACGAGGGAGGAUUCAGAC